AUUUGUUCAGACGAUUCAAGUCGCAAAACGGAGAACCUGGAACUCCAUUAACCGCAGAGAGAGAAAGAAAAAAAAAAAAAGGGAAAAAAAAGAAGAAGAAAGAGAAAGAGCAGAAGAAAGAGAAAAGGGAAGAGAAAGAGAAAGAAAGUUUCAGAGGAAGAAGGAAAAAAAAAAAAAGAAAAAGGAGAGAAAUUACUUGUGAAUGACGAGUGGAGAUUUGGUGUUGCCGCCGGGGUUCAGAUUCCACCCGACGGACGACGAGCUUGUGAACCAUUACUUGUGCAGGAAGUGUGCGGCUCUCCCUCUUGCUGUUCCUAUUAUCAAGGAAAUCGAUCUUUACAAAUAUGAUCCAUGGCAGCUCCCUGAGAUGGCACUCUACGGCGAAAAAGAAUGGUAUUUCUUCUCACCAAGGGAUAGAAAAUAUCCAAACGGUUCAAGACCCAACCGGGCGGCAGGAACCGGGUACUGGAAAGCAACCGGAGCGGACAAGCCCAUCGGAAAGCCCAGGACCCUGGGAAUCAAGAAAGCACUCGUCUUCUACGCCGGAAAAGCGCCACGUGGCAUCAAGACCAAUUGGAUCAUGCACGAGUACCGCCUCGCCAAUGUGGAUCGCUCCGCUUCCAAACGGAACACCAACUCCAGGCUGGACGACUGGGUGUUGUGUAGGAUAUACAACAAAAAAGGCAGCGUCGAGAAGAGUUUCCCCGUGGCUUCCCAGACAGUGGAGGAGGAUGAAUUUCCAGAAUUGGAGGACACAAAACCACAAAUUACAAUGCUGUCCUCGCAACAACCAUCACUAUUACCACCACAGCCACCACAACAACAACAACAAGAAGAAGGAUUUGCCGCGAACCAGCAUUUCUACAUGGACACGUCGGAUUCGAUGCCGAAGUUGCACACGGACUACUCGAGCUCAUCGGAGCACGUGGUGUCCGCCGAGGUCAAGUGCGAGAAGGAAGUCCAAAGUCAACCCAAAUGGACACCCGAAUUUGAUAAUAUCAGCGCUAUGGGGAAUUUUAACUUCGAUUAUAUGGAUAGCGGGUUCGUGGAUGAUCCCUUCGGGUUUCAAGCCCAGUAUCAACAGGUGGACCAGAUGUACCCCUUGCAGGACAUGUUCAAUUUCUCACAGAAGCACUUUUAAUUUAAAUAAAAAAAUAAAAAAAGCGGAAAGCAUUAAUUUUGGUACCAAAUUAUUUUGAUUGAUAAAUGUAGGGGAAAAGAAAUUCUUAUGUAAUUAGAACCGUUAUUUGUGGAGUGACCGACAGUAUUAAUCGGUCAUUUUUGCACAUAGGGGUGGGUGACCAAAAUUUAUGUUACGUAUGAAACAAUGUAAUAUUUGUUUGGUGAUUUACUCCGAUUUGCUGACGUGGACUGAUUGGAUUCUAGACGUUUAGAUGAGGACUUAUAGAUCCUACGGUGGACAGAAGAUUGGAUCCAUGAUGGUGAAUAGGGGUUAAUUGGUUCAUUUUUAGUUAGUAGAAAUAUUAUAUUGUCAAUAUGUAGGAAAAGAUUCUUGUAUUCUUGUUGAAGAAUGUCAAACAUUUUUUUAUUCACAGAGUUAAUUAAAUGAAAUAUUUGCAAUUUGGAAUGACGAAAGUCGGCCAAAA